AUAUAUAGCUGUUGUUUACGUGUAGGCUAUUCUUGAACUGCUAUAUGCUGCAUGGUAAGUAUUUCAUAAAGAACAAUCUCACGCUCUAUUAAGUAACUUUUUCACUUUAGUGACGUAUCCUGUCAAGUUGCUUAUAAAGUUACAGCUAACAUCACCCUCAGUUCACACAAAAAAGAAUAACACUACUAUUGCGACUGUUUUAUCGCUAGCUGCACAAAACAGCAGAGGUUCACAAACAUGGCAGCCUCUAACAUAACGUCUGAGGUAUCGAAUUAUGAUCCACCAGAAUAUAGUGAAAAGCCUGGAGACACAACUGCGUUUAAGAAUCCUUUAGCUUCUGGAUAUCCCGAACAACCACCACCCGGAUAUACAUCACAACCUGGAUAUCCACCACCACCCGGAUAUCCACCACAAUCUGGAUAUCCACCACCCGGAUAUCCACCACAAUCUGGAUAUCCACCACAAUACGGAUAUCCACCACAAUACGGAUAUCCGUCACAACCACCAAUUAUGCAACAACAACAACAAACUGUUAUUAUACAACAAACCCAAGCAGAAUACGUUGAUAAUAAGAUGGUCCCAGCAGUUCUUGUUACCUUGUGCUGCUUUUUACCAACAGGCAUUGCUGCUAUAGUUUAUGCAGAUAGAGCAAACUCAAUGGCCCGAAUGGGAGAUAUAGCAGGUGCAAACGAAGCAAACGAUAAGGCAAGAGAAUUCAUCAAAAUAUCAGUUGCUGUUGGUUGUGUUUGUAUUGUACUUUUAGUCACCCUGCCUUUUAUAAUAAAUAGCUAUUGCUAGUCAUCCAUAAUAAAUUAUUCAUUUUAAAUGAUUCAUAUUAAAUGAAGUGUAUUGUUUUUUAUACAUAGUACAUUAAUUAUAAUCAUACAAAUAUAUUCUCAGGCAGAAAUUUUUAAAUAUACUGAGAACUACAGUCAUUAAACGGGAUAUUUCCUAACAAAUGACAUAAAUUUAAAUAUUGAACAAUGACACAUUUUGAUCGGUGAAUUCUGUGGCUUCAGCCUGAUGACAAGAACCCAUAAAAAGGGAAAACUAUGAGUGUAUAGAGAUACUACUGGACCACUUGUACCAUUCCUUCUCUCCAAUUUUAUCACUCACGAAGGCAAGAGGUGAUGUUGCUGCAUUUUGCUUUUAUCUGAAUCUUCUUUUUCAUUAUAACAGGAACUAUCAUAUUUGAGAAUAAUUUUAUAAGCGUAAUUGUUAAAUAAAGCAAACUUUUAAACUCUUUCCUAGUUU